AUGUCACAAAUUCGUAAACAUACAUCCGCAUCAAGUCCCGACAUUCGUAAUAUAAAUGUGGAUUCAACAAAUCCUUUGUCUGAUAUAUCUAACGUUGAUAUACGCAAUGUAGACAAGGAUGAGGCUGCUAAAAGAAGGAAGGCUAGACGUUUAUAUUUGAAUAGCAAAAGAUCAAAAAAAUCUCAUCACAGACUCAAUCGACAAUCAUCUUUUAGCGUCUUAUCAAGCAUCAACGUCUCUUCCAGUUCAUCUAAAUUCAAUUCAGGAAAUUGUCCAUCAUCAAGUGUCGUGAUUAAAGACAUAACUUCUUUAAGUCCAUCUAAUUUUACUAAUCCAGACUACUUGGAUCAUGGUGACCAGAUCAUCGUUUGUGGAUCAUGUAAUGCAAAGAUUUGGAAAGCAGAGGCGGAUAGGGGAGAAAAAAAGCGAAAUAAAGUUAACUAUUCAAUUUGCUGUUCGUACGGUAAAGUUUUGUUACCUGAUUUAAGGCAGCCUCCAGAUAUUUUGAAAGAUCUAUAUGUUGGCGCCAAUGCGAAGAGCAACUUUUUUCAAAAAUACAUUCGCCGUUAUAAUUCUAUGUUCUCAUUUACAUCUAUGGGAGGAAGGAUUGAUAAAAGUAUCAACCGUGGAAAUGCGCUUUACAUCUUUCGAUUAAGUGGUCAAAAUUAUCAUAAUAUUGGUAAUAUGUUACCUAAUGAUGGAGAUGCGCCAAAAUUCAGCCAGUUGUAUAUAUACGACACAGAUAAUGAAAUAUUUAAUCGACAAAAUGUUGUUGGGGGCUCAAACACUUCUUUUUCGAUAACUGAGAAUGCUUUUGAUGUUCAGAUCAUUGAGGAACUCAAAGUUAUGUUAGACACUCACAACGCUUUGCUUCGUCUUAUUGGUAAAAGAUCCAAAGAUGGUAGAACAUAUAAUCUUCCUGAAGCUUCUGAAGUUGCUGCAUUAGUUAUUGGAGAUUUUACUCAAGCUGUUGAAAAUCGUGAUAUAGUUGUGAAAACCAAAUCUGGUCGACUUGAGCGCAUAAGUGAAUUACAUUCUUCUUAUCUUUCUCUACAAUACCCUCUUCUAUUUCCAUAUGGAGAAGAUAUGUACAGGGUUGACAUUCUUCAUAGAGGUCUGAAUCUAGACACGAAGAGCAAACGUCCAAUGUGUACUAUGCGUGAGUUCUUUGCAUAUAGAUUACAAGAUCGUGUCGAUAAGUUUUCUGUAAUUCAUAAUGCAAAACGACUUUUCCAGCAAUUUGUUGUUGAUGCUUACACUAUGAUUGAGAGUGAAAGGUUGUUUUACAUACGGCGACAACAAACGCAUUUGAGGUCAGAAAGUUUUCAGAAUAUACAGAAUGCAAAUAAUUCUGGCAAAAAAGAUAUGUAUCCAGAUUUUUUCAUUACUAUUACAUGUAAUCCAAAAUGGCCGGAAGUUGAAAGGUUUUUGAAAGAUACCACCAUAAGGCCUGAAGAUAGACUGGACAUUUUGUGUCGAAUUUUCAAGAUAAAACUGGAUUCCAUAACAAAAGACUUGAAAGAAGGCAACUUGCUGGGCAGAGUUAAUUCUGUUGUCUAUACUGUUGAAUUUCAAAAACGCGGAGUUCCUCAUGUACACAUAUGUGUAUUCAUGCAUCCUGACAGCAAGAUACUAUCGGUUGACCAACUAGAUCCAAUCAUUUCUGCCGAAAUUCCAGACAUAGCCGAGGAUCCAGAGUUAUAUAAACUUGUGGCAGACUACAUGAUUCAUGGUCCAUGUGGUGCUUUCAAUAUGAAUUAUCCUUGCAUGAUCGAUCGCCCAGAUAGAACUACUCUUAGAGUUGUUGAAAGUGGAAAUCAUGAUGAGGAGGAACCUGUAGUCGAUGAGAUAGAAAAGUAUUACGAUUGCCGGUAUAUUUCUGCAUGCGAAACUGCUUGGAGGAUUUUUUCCUAUGAUAUUCAUUAUCGAUAUCCUGCAGUUAUUCGGUUGCCGUUUCAUUUACCUAGUCAGCAAAACGUAGUAUAUGGUGCAAACGAUGACAUUGACGAGGUUCUUAACAAACCAUUUGUUGCUUCUACUAUGUUCUUAUCUUGGAUGAAGUGUAACGAAAGAUUACCGAUGGCACGUGAUUUUACUUAUGUUGAGUUUCCUUCAAAGGACGCAUGUUAUUCGCUAGGGCUUUUGGAUGAUGAAAACGAGUACGUUGAAGUUAUUAAAGAAGCUAAUGUGUAUGGAAGCGCUACUUAUCUACGCACGUUAUUUGGAACAAUGCUGAUGUUUGAUUUACAUUACUCUGAUGAGGAAAUAAAGAAUUUGGCAUUGUUAGAGAUUGAGAAGUUCUUACUUCAUAAUAACUCAUCGCUGAGGAACUAUUCAAAUAUGCCUUACCCUGAUGAUGAGUCUAUUUCUUCCUCUAACAAUCGAUUGAUCAACGAGGAGUUAUGCUAUGACCAAAAUACUAUGGAAGAUGAGUUGAAUAGUAUGUUAGUACUUUUAACAGAUGAGCAACGUAAUGUUUUUGAUCAGAUUAUUGAAUCUGUUAGAAAGAACAAAGGGGUUGUGUUUUUUCUUUACGGAUAUGGUGGCACCGGUAAGACCUUUCUUUGGAAGACAUUGUCGGCAGCAAUUCGGAGUAAGUCUGAAAUUGUUUUAAAUGUUGCUUCAAGUGGUAUAGCUUCUUUGCUACUUUCUGGAGGUCGAACAACCCAUUCUCGGUUUUCCAUCCCUCUGAAUAAAUGA